AAUGUCGAUCCCCCUCUGCUCCCCUCCACCGCUGCCGUUGGUGAUAGUCACGUUCGCGAUAACGGAGAGUUGUAACCAAGCUUGGUAUUUCUUACUUCUGAUUUGCGCUCGUUCUUCCUGAAACUGCUUCUUCCAAAUCCUCGAUUCUCUACAUCGGAUUUUGACUUCAAAUUUCCUGGUUUAUGCCCCUCACACUUUUGUUUUUUUCCUUGGGGUUUUAGCUGAAGUACUGUAAAGUUCAUUGAUUGCUGCUGAACCUGAAACUAGAGAGGAACUUCCGGUGUAGGAGACAUGUCCAAAUUGCGAACGCUGGUGCAAGCUUCUCUAAAUGCUACUAAGAAGGCCUUUACAUGGAAUGUUGAGGAUUUAAUGCCUCCGACUGAAAGAUACAUAUUCAAUUUCAAUUCAAAGGAGGAGUUGAAAAAAUGGCAUCUAUACUCUGAUUCUGAAUAUGGAGGUUUGUCCUCGGCAUCAUUGGAGAUAACUGAAUCAGAAAAUGGACCGAGUGGGAUCUUCUCGGGAAACCUUUCUUUAGAUGUGUCUCAGGAUUCAAAAUGGAAUAUGAUAAGAAGCGGCUUCUGUGGAAUGCGAUCCAAAAAGGUGUUUGCUUCUUUUCUACAGUUAAAAGAGAGAAGGGAGGGGGGGUUCUCUGGAGUUAGAGCUGAAAUAAAUAAAUCUUCUUUCCUUGAUCUGUUAACUGUUAAGUUUGAUGGAUUUAUAGAUUUGGAUUCGUACGAUACUAUUGCGAUGAAACUCAAAGGAGAUGGAAGAUGCUAUAUAUCUACUAUCUACACAGAAAAUUGGGUAUGUUCACCUGGAGAGCAGGAGGAUAAUUCGUGGCAAGCUUUUGUUUUUAUUCCCAAAGACAACUGGUAUAUUGCAAAAAUUCCUCUUGCUCGAUAUUUACCUACUUGGAGAGGGAACGUUAUCGAUGAAGAGAUGGAAAUGAACCCAUCUCGCAUUCUUGGCAUGUCUCUCUCUGUCAAUGCUGAGGGUGGCGUCCCAGGUGCAAGAUCUGGACCUGGUGAUUUCAGAGUUGAACUUGAUUGGAUCAAGGCCUUGAGAACUCAAUGAAAUCAUGAAGAUUCUCUUUGCAGCUGAAGAAUUUUGAUCCUCUUGUAUAAUGAUGAUAAUAAUAAUAAUGUAUCUCAUGUUUUGGGAGAGGGGAAACAUUCAUGAAUCAUUCUUGUAUCGACAAAAUUUGGAAUUGAUGGCUCGAGCUUUGUAGCAUAUUUAAUAUUUUAGAAAGGAAGUAGUCAUUUUAUGGUUCA